GCGGGGAAUCCGUCCCCGCGCGCUUCCUCCUUCCUCCUCCUCCCGGCUGCCUGCCGGGCCCCUCCUCCCAGCUCGCGCGCUCCCUCCCUCCUCUUCCCCUCCCCGGGCCGCCGCCGCCGCCUCCUCCUCCUCCUCCCUUUCUCUCUCGAUCUGUCUCUCCCGGCCCGGAAUCCCUUCCGGCCUGGGAGCCGGAGCGGCCAGGCCGCCGUCUGCCCUACCCGCUGGCCGUCCCGCGGUCCGCCCUCCUGUGCGUCCGUCUGCCGGUGUGCCUGCCCGCCCGCCGGCCCAGAACAGAGAACAGAGGCUCAGAAAAGUGAAGCAACUUGGCCAGCUAUGAGAGACAGAGCCAGGAUUUGAAACCAGAUGAGGACGCUGAGGCCCAGAGAGGGGAAGUCACUUGCCUAGGGACACACAGCGGGGAGAGGUGGAGCAGGGCUUCUAGUUCGAGACCCCUGUCUUCACACCUGGUGUUCGUGCCAAGACUCCAGGCUGCCUCCCAGGUCCUCUGGGACAGCCCCUGCCUUCUACCAGUGUCUCCUCUCCUUCCAGCCAGGACCAUGGGCAGCAACAAGAGCAAGCCCAAGGAUGCCAGCCAGCGGCGCCGCAGCCUGGAGCCCGCCGAGAACGCCCAUGGCGCUGGCGGGGGCGCUUUCCCGGCCUCCCAGACCCCCAGCAAGCCGGCCUCGGCCGACGGCCACCGCGGCCCCAGCGCGGCCUUCGCCCCCGCGGCCGCCGAGCCCAAGCUGUUCGGAGGCUUCAACUCCUCGGACACCGUCACCUCCCCGCAGAGGGCGGGCCCGCUGGCCGGCGGAGUGACCACCUUUGUGGCCCUCUAUGACUAUGAGUCUAGGACGGAGACAGACCUAUCCUUCAAGAAAGGCGAGCGGCUCCAGAUUGUCAACAACACAGAGGGAGACUGGUGGCUGGCCCACUCGCUCAGCACGGGACAGACAGGCUACAUCCCCAGCAACUACGUGGCACCCUCCGACUCCAUCCAGGCCGAGGAGUGGUAUUUUGGCAAGAUCACCAGACGGGAGUCAGAGCGGUUACUGCUCAACGCGGAGAACCCGAGAGGGACCUUCCUCGUGCGAGAAAGUGAGACCACAAAAGGUGCCUACUGCCUCUCAGUGUCCGACUUCGACAACGCCAAGGGCCUCAACGUGAAGCACUACAAGAUCCGCAAGCUGGACAGCGGCGGCUUCUACAUCACCUCCCGCACCCAGUUCAACAGCCUGCAGCAACUGGUGGCCUACUACUCCAAACAUGCCGAUGGCCUCUGCCACCGCCUCACCACUGUGUGCCCCACAUCCAAGCCUCAGACUCAGGGCCUGGCCAAGGAUGCCUGGGAGAUCCCUCGGGAGUCGCUGCGGCUGGAGGUCAAGCUGGGCCAGGGCUGCUUUGGCGAGGUGUGGAUGGGGACCUGGAACGGCACUACCAGAGUGGCCAUCAAAACCCUGAAGCCUGGCACGAUGUCUCCAGAGGCCUUCCUGCAGGAGGCCCAGGUCAUGAAGAAGCUGAGGCAUGAGAAGCUGGUGCAGUUGUAUGCUGUGGUUUCGGAGGAGCCCAUUUACAUCGUCACAGAGUACAUGAGCAAGGGGAGUUUGCUGGACUUUCUCAAGGGGGAGACGGGCAAGUACCUGCGGCUGCCUCAGCUGGUGGACAUGGCUGCUCAGAUCGCCUCAGGCAUGGCGUAUGUGGAGCGGAUGAACUACGUCCACCGGGAUCUUCGUGCAGCCAACAUCCUGGUAGGAGAGAACCUAGUGUGCAAAGUGGCCGACUUCGGGCUGGCUCGGCUCAUCGAAGACAAUGAGUACACGGCCCGGCAAGGUGCCAAAUUUCCCAUCAAGUGGACGGCUCCGGAAGCUGCCCUCUAUGGCCGCUUCACCAUCAAGUCGGACGUGUGGUCCUUUGGGAUCCUGCUGACUGAGCUCACCACAAAGGGACGAGUGCCCUACCCUGGGAUGGUGAACCGCGAGGUGCUGGACCAGGUGGAGCGGGGCUACCGGAUGCCCUGCCCACCGGAGUGUCCUGAGUCCCUGCAUGACCUCAUGUGCCAGUGCUGGCGGAAGGAGCCUGAGGAGCGGCCCACCUUCGAGUACCUGCAGGCCUUCCUGGAGGACUACUUCACGUCCACCGAGCCCCAGUACCAGCCCGGGGAGAACCUCUAGGUGCAGGCGGGCCCAGACCGGCUUCUCGGCUUGGAUUCUGGGCUGGGUGGCCCCUAUCUCGGGGCUUGCCCCACUCUGCCUGCCUGCUGUUGGUCCUCUCUCUGUGGGGCUGAAUUGUCAGGGGCGAGGCCCCUCCCUCUUUGGUGACAUGGAAGGGGCUUCUGGACCUAGGGUGGCCCGAGAGGGCGGCAGGCGUGCGAGACCAGCACAGUGACUCUGUCCGGCUCCCGCUGUAGCCACACUCUCCUCCCCGCACUCCCUCCUGGAGCUCUGUGGGUCUCUGGAAGAAGAACCGGGAGAAGGGCUGGGGCCGGGGCUGAGGGUGCCCUUUUCCAGCCUCAGCCUGCUCCACUCACUGAAUUCCUUCCCCACUUCUGUGCCACUGCCGGUCUAUGUCGAGAGCUGGCCAAAGAGCCUUUCCAAAGAGGAGCGAUGGGCCCCGGCCCUGCCUGCCUGCCACCCUGCCCCUUGCCAUCCAUUCUGGAAACACCUGUAGGUGGAGGCUGCCGAGACAGACCCUCUGCCACUGCUCCCAGGCUGGGCAGCACGAGGCCUCGCCUGACCUGAUGAUGGUGGGUGGGUGGGAUGAGUACCCCCUCAAACCCUGCCCUCCUUAGAACUGACGGACCCUUCGAGAUCAUCACUUCCUUGCCCCCAUUUCACCCAUGGGGAGACAGUCGAGAGAGGGGAUAUGACAUGCCCAAGGCCACGGAGCAGUUCAGAGUGGAGGUGGGCUUGGAACCUGGUGCUCCCUCUGUCUUCCUCAGGAACCAACAGUUCGUCGGAGGAAUCAUGGAAAGACUGGGACAGCCCAGGAGACAAGGGGUCUGAGGAUGCAUUCGAGACGGCAGAUCCCACUGCCGCUGCCCGCUCAGCCCAGCUGUCGGGAACAGCAUGGAGGCAGAUGUGGGGCUGAGCUGGGAAUCGGAGUGAAAGGUGCAAGUGUGGAGAGAGAGGCUUCAAUCAGCUUGUGGGUGAUUUUUGACCUUCAGAGCCAGCUGGCCAUGAAAGGGAGUGAGCCCCGGGGCUCUGGAGGCAAUCAAACAGACAUAGAAGAGCCAAGAGUCCAGGAGGCCCUGGUCCUGGCCUCCUUCCCCGUAAUUUGUCCUGUGGCAUUUCAAUUCCUGGCCUUGUUCUCCUCCCCAAGUCGGCACCCUUUAACUCAUGAGGAGAGAAAAGAGUGCCUAGGCGGGGGUGAAAGAGGACGUGUUACCCACUGCCAUGCACCAGGAUUGGCUGUGUAACCUUGGGUAGCCCCUGCUUUCUCUCUGGGCUGCAGCGUCUGCCCCACAUGUGGCCAUGGCCUCUGCAACUGCUCAGCUCCAGUCCAGGCCCUGUGGCAGGACAUCCAUGGUGAGCCCAGCCCUGGGACAUCAGGAGACUGGGCUCCGGCUCUGUUCAGCCUUAGGGUGUGUGGUAGAUUCUGCCUGGGCCUCAGUGUGCCCAAGUGUAAAGGGGCAGCUGACAGUUUGUGGCAUCUUGCCAAGGGUCCCUGUGUGUGUGUGUGCGUGUGCAUGUGUGUGUGUCUCCAUGUGCGUCCAUAUUUAACAUGUAAAAAUGUCCCCCCGCUCCGUCCCCCAAACAUGUACAUUUCACCAUGGCCCCCUCAUCAUAGCAAUAACAUUCCCACUGCCAGGGGUUCUUGAGCCAGCCAGGCCCUGCCAGUGGGGAAGGAGGUCAAGCAGUGCCUGCCUAUGAAAUUUCAACUUUUCCUUUCGUACAUGUUUAUUACCCAAGUCUUCUCUCGUCCAUUCCAGUCAAAUCUGGGCUCACUCACCCCAGCGAGCUCUCAAAUCCCUCUCCAACUGCCUAAGGCCCUUUGUGUAAGGUGUCUUAAUACUGUCCUUUUUUUUUUUUUUUUUAAACAGUGUUUUGUAGAUUUCAGAUGACUAUGCAGAGGCCUGGGGGACCCCUGGCUCUGGGCCGGGCCUGGGGGUCCCAAAUUCCAAGGCCCAGACAUGGGGGGGUGGGGGUAUCCAGAAUUGGUUGUAAAUACUUUGCAUAUUGUCUGAUUAAACACAAGCAGACCUCAGAAUUUGAUCAACAGUUUAUUGAACAUCUACUGUGUGCUGGAGAGUGAGAUGGGGCGGAAUAUGCGAGAACAAACUGCCCCUCGAGGGGUCUUUGGGCGGUACUAGUAGCUGGAGGGCUUCAGGCCAAGGCAGGGGUGACAUGAUGAGACUGGAGACAGCUACGGCAGAAUGUGGCUGUUUGUGCACAUCUGCACCUGUGUUUGGGGGUGAGCACCUGGGAGAAGGACAAGGCACAUCACAGGACUUCCCCGAGCAUGACACGUUCAGGACUCAAAUGUCCGUGGUGGAUGGUAGCAGUGACACUGGGGAGUGGGUGGGGCUGUCAGGCCUGCCUAGAGGAGAUCACACAUACACCACGAGAAUGCCACUGUGUGUGCUCUUCACGUGUUUCCUAGGAGUGCAGGGCAGGGGUGCUAGAUCGAUCCACAAAAGUCCUGAAAACGCUGAAGAAACACCCAAAGACCCUUCCCCUCCUCCCGCCUUCCCCACCACCAAAGCACGCAGUCUUAAAGGUUGAUUUGCAACCGUCUAUACGAACACAUUUAUUUUACACAAAUAUACAUCAGAUCACACACCUGUACACUGGAGUCAAGUCUGGCCGCAACAUCUCUUAAUUAAAAAUGAAUUUCAACAA